AGCAUGAUUAAAGAUAAAAAAGAAAUAUGGAAAAGAGAAUCGUCAUUAAUCUUGCACGCGACUUACAGACUAGUUUACUAAAACUAUCAACAUACUAGUAAAGAUUAGAAAAAAAAAUAAUGAUAAUUACAGAAAAAAGUAAAAUCUUGAUAUAGAAACAAGCAACAUUCUCGUGCUGCUCAUCAGUAGGAAUCGUGACACCAGAAAGUAGACAUCAGAAAUCGGUCUGAUUCAUUGAUGAGGUAAAAAAUGAAUCGAACAAUGGAAGGAACAAAUUGGGUUGCGUUAAAAAAAAGUAAUUAUAUUCAAAAUGGCUCAGUGUAUCAGAGAUGUUACAUAUAUAUUCAACACAUAUUUUUCAAAAUAAUUGGACUGUCACCUUGGGCAAUAGACACUGGAAUCACUUCCAAAAACCGUAAAAAUAAGAAUCGAAACUACGAAUUCAAUAUUUCUUACAUUGGAUCGAGUUACAAUAUUUUAUUGUCUUUGGGAAUAAUUAUAUUUGGUUUCUAUAGAAUAUUUGAUAAAUCAUUAGCUCAGGCUAGUGAUAAGUCAUCUUUGAUAUCAGUGAUACUCAAAAUGAUAUUCAUAGCAAUACUAUGCGCAAGUUUACUACCGCUUAUUUAUAUAAUUAGACAAAAAAAACUCAUAAGUGUCAACAGUCAAUUCAAAAAUAUCGACAGAGUGUUGAACAAGUGCGCGAAUUAUGAAAUUCAAAAUAAUCAUGUCAAUGAUUUUAUAUUUAUUGUCAAUUUGUUAAUCACUUAUUGCUUAAUUAUUAUGAGUUUUUUUUACUAUCCAGCAUCGAUAGUGUUCUUUCUAAAUAUACCAACAGUAAUUAGUAGCGGGGUAAUAAUACAAUACGCAAUGAUUCUUAAUAGAGUCGACAAAAGAUUCAAAAGCAUCAACUCGACUAUUUCGAGAUUGGUUAAGUUUAAAUCGAAGGCAACUCAACCACAAAUGUUAUUUGUGACAUAUAAAGUACUGUCGCGUGAAUCGUUUUUUAAUGAUAUUGAAAAUCUUAAAUAUGCUUACAUGGAAUUGUGGGAAAUGUGUCAAGAUAUUGGCGAUUUUUACGGAGUUCCCAUUUUGAUUGCCAUGUUCUGUUUCGCUGUACUAACUAUUAUUCAUGUAUAUAUUAUUAUUUUGUCAUUAUUUAAUGCAAUCGCUAUACAUAUUAAUUGGCCAGUGGAUACAACACGUUUUCUAUGGAUUAUUUUUCUGUUCAUUGUGUUAACUACAAGUAUUACGAAAAUCAUGAAACAGAAUAAAAAAUUGGGGAGAACGAUAAAUUUACUAACGGAUCAGAAUUCAAUGGAUGAGAGAAUAAAAACUAAAUUAUCGAAAUUUUCGAGUGACCUUCGGAAUUUGAAGAUUCAAUUGACUGCUUGCGAUAUUAUACCUUUAGAUUGUAGGCUUCUAGCAAUCAUUACCGGUACAAUUGCAACUUAUCUCAUUAUUAGCAUACAAUUUGCUCUUAAUGUGCCACCUGAUUCAUAAAUAAAAAUUUAUCACAGUUUUUUAUUAAUGCGUGUCGUGUGCUCAAUAGAUAUUUUAUAGAAUUAGAAAUAUAUUAUUCGAUCUAUUUAUUUAUUCAAAACUUCGUGUGUACAUUAACUAAAUUAUAAUUGACGAUUAAUAAGAUUCGAAAAUCGGAUUUUAAUAAUAUGUGACAUUGUAUCAUUAAAUCGUAUUUCCGGUAUCUGUGUUUGGUAUUGAUUUAAAAAAUCUAAAUUAUCACUAACGACAGUAUAAAAUAUGAUAAAAAAGAAAAAGGAAAACAUGUUCUUUUCCAAACUUGACCGCAGCUUUUGAACAGACUGCCAAUAGUAUUGCAAAUGAAAAAAAAAGGCGAACAAUAUUUCCAACCUGAAUUUUUUUAGAUCACCGGUACAAUCGGAACGUAUUUGGUGAUUGUCAUAGAGUUUUAUGAUGACCCCAGCUAAUUAAUCAAUUCAAAUUUUAUUUUUUAACCGGUUUAUUGUGCCUAUUUUUUACUUCGACAUUUAAAUCAAUACUAAUAUAACUGGUGUCACUUUAAAUAGUAUACACACCUUGGCCAGUAAAAAAGAAAGCCUCAGACCACAUGUUUAUCAGCCUCGGCUUCGCCUCGGCCAACAAUUACAUGUGCUCUGGGACUUUUCUUAUUUUACUGACCUAGAUAUGUAAUAUACUAUUUAUCACUAUCAGUCGAUUCAUUAUUAGUGCGCAUUCUCAUAAAUUACUAAAUCUAAAUAUUAAAUAAUCUUCUUGUGCGUGUGCCCUUGUCUGUUAUCAUUAUUAUCUUCACUGCAUGCAUUGAACAAUUAAAUUUUUAAUAAUUCACCGCUUAAUUAUUUUUGUAUC